AUCGACCGAGCGACCCGUGCGGACGUCUGCAAGCAGUGAAACAUUGCUGAGAGCAUCAUUGGACGGAACGCACCGGCAAGACAGCGAGUCAAGCGAUUAUCGCGCUGAUCUGCUGACAGUUGCGGCUCUGAUGAGCUGACCAUUUCUCUUUGCGCGGCCCAGCGGGAAUUCACAAGGGUGGGUUGAAGGGCUGAACACCAAGAUCAGAAGUUGUUGUGGAUUGCACGCUGGUGGGCCAUCGAAUUGAAGACCGUGGUGUGUAUGCGUGUGUGGAUGGGUGCAGAUCGGUGUGCGGAACGGCUCAAAAGUUCCCUUGCAGUUGGGAUGUUAGCGAUUCCGUUCGCAGCUUGUAAGCAACCGCAGGUUCAGUUUCAGUUUCUAUCGCAGUGUGUGUGACCAGCGGCAGCUGCAUCAGAAAUCCAUAUCCGGAAUUUGAACGACAACAGUGCUUGCUGAUUGAUUGCUAAUUCGAAGAGGAAAGCUUUCUGAUUCCCACAUGGAUAUCGCUACUGUCGAGUAGGCAAUGACGUCUUCCGCUUUCCUCAUCCCCAGAGAUUCGAUUGCUUGCUCCUCGUCCACUCAGCCAGGCCCUUCCGUUGGAUCGUCGAUGUUUACAUUUGACGGGCCUGACAUGGAGUCCCCGCCAAACUCCGACAGUAGUUCCGGCUGCAAUCCCGAAGAGUUGGCAGCCGCCGCCUGCGACAACCUUGCGGCCAGCGAGGAGGCAAGCAGUGCGCCGGACACGGAGGCGGGAACGAGCGCACCGGCAGGCAGUGAGUCAUCCGAGCCGGCAUCAACGAAGGCCACGACAACACCACCAACAGCCAGCGCCAACAAAUCAAAACAAAAAGGAAAAUCCUUCAGCAGAGCCAGCACAUCCAAGUCUGAAGCAAUCAACCUUACCUUGCAAUGGCUGAGCGAUAACUACGAGCAAAUUGAGGGCAUGUGCUUGCCACGCAGUGUUCUCUAUACUCACUAUCUAGACUUCUGCAAGAGCUCUGGACUGACGCCUGUCAGUGCUGCCAGCUUUGGAAAGGUUAUUCGACAGAAGUUCCCAAAUUUGACAACACGGAGACUGGGCACGAGAGGCCAAUCAAAGUAUCAUUACUAUGGUAUAGGUAUCAAGGAAACAUCUCCCUAUUACAACACAGUGUAUUCUCGCAAAGGCCUGACACGUUUCUCUGCUACCUCUGGUAACACAACGCGGAGGGAGUAUGGAAACUCGCUCUACUCCCCAUCGUCCAAGAGCGGAACACUUCUUCCCGAAUUUCCCAGUAUCAAGACUGUACAGUUCAGUAGCAGCGUGGUAGCGGCCAAGGUCGAGACGUUCCUGGUCAUGUACCGGACGCACUGCCAGCGGAUACUCGACACGGUGGUGCGAGCGUACUUCCUGGAGGUUCAGGAUUUUCUGAUGCACUUCUGGCGGGGCAUGCCAGCGCACCUGGUCUCUCUAAUGGCAUCGCCAGCCAUCGUUGAGCUGGUGGCUAUGUGUGACAUCAUCACAUACCAGGCAGUGAUGGAAGUACUAAUCCCAUCCAAUCUUCAGCCGUUGCCUGAAAGCUUGAGCCAGGACAUUCGUGAGUUUUCGCGCCAGCUACCGUGUUGGCUGGGCCAAGCAAUGGCAGAGCUCCCGGAAGGACUUCAAGGCCGUAAACUGGAGGUUUCCAGGAAUUUCUGCAGAAUGCUACGUCGGCAAACAUCCCUGGUUCACCUUGCACAGGCAUCCCGCGGGAUUCUCCGGAACUGUGAUGUCAUCACACAGCUACUCCAGGACUGGCGAGGCAUAGACUUCGAUCCCAUUCACCUCAAAUUCAACUAUGCGGUGGAAAACGGCUCCUGUGAGGGCAAUGUGAUCAGCUCAGAGUUUUCCAAAUCAGUGACAAACAAAUUUGAACAGCUCUUUGUGAAGCAAGCGCCACUGGAAACGUACUUCGAGUGGGUGGACAGUCUGAUGGAGGAGCAAAUCCAGGACAUUGAGGAUGUAGGCGAAGCGUUCAAGAGGAAGUCAAACUUGCUCACCCAGUGGUCGUUGUACGGAGCUACGAUAGCCCGCGACAUGACCUUGAGAAGCUCGCAGAGUUUUGGUUCGUUUCACCUGCUGUUCAUGCUGUUGAGCGAGUACUUGAUGUGCCUGGUGGAGACACUACAGCACAAGAACAUAGAACAGCAGUUACAGACUUCUCUGGCCAUGCAACAAGACAUCCAAGUAACUACCAUCAAGGGAGAGCCACUGCAGUACCUGACACCGCUGGGUACACCCACCAUUCCUGCCAGCCAGCACCCUAGCGACGUGUUCAACUUUGGUGGAGGCCGCGGCGGUGGUGGCGGAAGUGCUAUGGUGCCACCGCCGCCCGUGCACCUCGGCAGCGGUGGAUACCUGUCCUCGCCGUCACUGUACGCCAGCGGAUCCAUGCCGGACGUAUCGCAUAUGUCCGGGGCCGCGGCAAGUGGCAUGGAUAUGUCCACUGCCAUGCAGUCGCAGCAACGGUUUUGUGAUUACCCGCAACUGCAAGGGCAGCGUCAACCAGAGGUGUCGAUGGCGGGCAGUGAUGUGCAGAGUAUGUCCGACCUUUACGAUCAGAGCCGAGGUAGCAACGUGUUCACCAGUAUACCGAACAUCCAGCAGAUGUCUGCCACCGUUGGAGAGUCUAGCAUGGGCUCUUCGUCGGCGUACGGCUUCUCGAGCUCGCCAUUCGACAUGGCACCGGAAUGCAAGACCGAGCUGAAGGACUCUGCCAUCACUGACCUGAGUGUGGUACCAAGCAGCAGCAUUUCCAGGCCGGCACCUGGCAAUUUCCACUCGCCCGCAGUCAUGGACCCGGCCGACUGCGGCGGUGAGUUUGGCUCUGGCCCGCGGGACGCUAUGGGAGCGUGGCCGGUCGACGAACAAAUGACGGCGAGCUCCGUGAGCCUGCACUCGAUGGCAAUGAGCAGUGCAGGGGCUGGUGCUCGUGCCGAAGACCUGGCCUUCAUGUCUGUAUCUAGUCAUGAUCUUGCCGCUCGUAGCUAUCCGUCGCUAGACAUGGCGGCCAUCGCAUCCACGCAGAGCUCCAAGCAGUGCUUCGAGCCGGCAGCCCUCCGGCAGCCCCCUGGACUUGGCAGCGUGCCGAACAUCUCCAAUCCGUCCACCAGCGCCAGCAGCAGCUUCAGCCAUCCGAACAUCAACCGCCUAGUACACGGCAGCGGUGUCGGUGCAGCCAUUGGAAUGAGCUCCGGCAAAUCGCAGCUCUCCAUGCACACCUUGUCGCAGAGUAACCUACUGCAGUAAUGCCAGCCACAAUCGACUGCAAUCUACUGCCGUGAUCCUAAUGGUGACACACAGCCACAUGACCAGGAGAAGCCAACUCAUCGUCACAGAAACUGAAACACCAAACAAUCACCAUAUGAACUAGAGAACACAAAGUCAUCACCACAGUUAAAACUGGAGAAACCAAAUCAUCGCCACACGAACUGGAGAAGAGCAAUAUACUGCAAGUGGCUCUUACAACUGCAGUGAUUGAAGUUGGUGAAAAGAAAAUUGAUUACCAAAGUCGCGAGGAGCAGAAAGACUUUCCUCGUAUCCUACGAUUUUUUAAAGAAAUUGUUGUACAAAGCAAUUGCACGAAAUAUGCAGUUGUGUAAGUAUCCUAUAUCCAACCUCUCGAGCGUGUAUCCUAGUUCAUGGCUAAGAAGCAUA